CUGAAAAGUUGAAAAAGUCUCGCAGAGUUUUGUGAGAUCACUCGACCGGUCGACGCGUGUCUCGUCUCGUUUCGGGUGUUGCGUGGCCUCGAUUAUAUUUUUGGAAAACGUGGCCAGCUUCGAUUGUGCAUUUGCAUUUCUCAAUUCAUAGUUCCUUCAUUUGUCUGCACGCGCAGACAAAUCCGUGCGGUUAGUCACGGGUCACCGGUCACAGACGCCCAGUGUCUAAAGGGGCGUUUUGCUAUUUUCAUUUUCAUUUCAUCAUCCUUUUGUCAUGUCUGAAGUUCAUCACAAGCAGCGACGAACGUAGCGCGAUCAUGCUACAUUUUUGGAAAGUGUGACUGGCUUUGAACGCGCAUUUGAUUUUACGUUACUCACAAAACUACGUUUUCACUAAAGUUUUUACGUUAUUCUUUAAUUAGUUUUUGUUACUUGCCGCAUAGGACGACUAUUUCGAUUACUGACUGUAUCGACUCUGUGAGGAGUCGGGGCCAUUCUCUCGCUAAGAAAAGGUUUUGUCACGUCUGCUCGCCGGUUUGAGGCGGUGGCCGGUGCAUUGCAUACCUAUUGCACGAAUUAUUCAAUUUCGAAGACCAUUAGUGUCCCAAUAUCAGCCUGUUAGGCUGCCAAUAGGUUAGGAGACCAAUAAAACAAGAAGUUGAAGGCGUAUAAAUCCUAGCUGGUUUCAGAGAAAACUUAUAUGCAUCGUUUUAUUGUAUUGAAAAGGAAUAAAAAUUACAAAAACUUUGUUCAUAUAUCACUAAUAAUGGAUACCACUAGACACUACAAAAAUCAAUUUGAGGAUUAUUCCAUUCCGGUUAGCCGUAAUAUAGUCAGGGAUGAUACUAAUAUGAUUCAUGAUGCAUUUAAGUCAUUAUUAACAUCAAAAAUUAAGAAUUUUAUAGAAGUAUUGAAAAAAAAUAAAAGAAAAUGGCUCGACAGCAGUGACUAUUCUGUAUACACUGGACAAGCAGGAAUUGCAUGUACAUUAUACCAUUAUGGAAAAUAUUAUGAUGAUUCUGUGUAUACCAAUAUGGCAGCAGAAAUAUUGCAAAAAUGUGCCACAGAAUUCAAAAGCCGACAUGAAGUCACAUUUUUGACUGGAAUUGUAGGUCCAUUAACAUUAGCAACAAUUAUACUACACUCACAGCAAAAGAAAGAACUAGCAGAACAAUUAAUUCUUAAGUUGAAAUUUUUAUCUACUUAUGUUUUGGAUAAACAUAGUGGUAUCCCUGAUGAAUUAUUAUAUGGAAGAGCUGGAUAUUUAACUGGUUUACUUUAUUUAAAUUCAAAUAUAUUUCCAGCUCCUAUAGAAGCAGAUCUUAUCAAAAAGGUUGUUUCUUGUAUAAUUAAUUCUGGAAUAUCAUAUGCUACAUCAAAUCGUAGCCAGUCACCUUUAAUGUAUUCUUGGCACGGUACAGAAUAUAUUGGUGCUGCUCAUGGAUUAGCAGGCAUAUUGUAUUUGCUCUUGCAGGCACGACAAUAUUUAACGCAAGUACAGAUCGAUGAUUACAUUAAACCAUCUUUGUAUUAUCUUCAAAAAUUACAAUUUUCUUCUGGAAAUUUUCCUUCUUCAAUUGGCAAUUCUUCUGACAAAUUAAUACAUUGGUGUCAUGGAGCACCUGGAAUGUCUGCAUUAUUUUGUUUGGCUUAUAAGGUGUUUGAAGACAAUACAUUUCUAGAGACUGCAAUACAAUGCGGAGAAGUAACAUGGGAACGAGGACUACUAAAAAAAGGAUAUAGUAUUUGUCAUGGAGUUGCUGGAAAUGGUUAUACUUUUAUACAUUUAUUUCAACAAACAAAGAAUAUCAAAUACUUAUAUCGGGCUUGUAAGUUUGCCGAAUGGUGUUUUGAUUAUGGAUUACAUCAAAAUCGAUCUCCUGAUAGACCUUUUUCUUUGUUCGAAGGUCUUGCUGGUGUUAUUUAUUUUUUAUUAGAUAUGCAACAACCACAUUUAGCUAAAUUUCCAAUGUAUGAUAUUUAA